AUGAAGAAAUCAGAUUCUCGCGCGUCAAUUGCUGAAUCUGAUAGUGCGACGAGUAGGAAAAGUGAGAAGAGAGCUUCUGGUAUGUUUUUGUUUUCUUGAAUAUCUGAUUACGUCAACACCCCCCCUCCCCCCUUUUCAACAGCAUCUUUUCUUUUCCACCGAGAUGAUGUGGAAAUGAGAUAAGACACGAUACUAACUCGUAUCUAUUGGUUUAGUGACAGACGUCCUCGCUUCACUCAAGCGCUUCUCCAGUAUCGAGGGUACUAGGCCUCAUUCCGACGUGUCUCGUCGUCAGAAUCCUAAUCCGUCGGGAUCGAUGGCUGAGAGGCGGUUUCCUGUUAUUCCUAGCAAUCCAAGUGACCACUUCAAUAAUCGGGCUACGGCUAGGAUGACGGAUGCUGUGUUGACUCAGACGAGACCUGAGAGUAGUGGGAGCGUGUUUACGGGUACUGUUCCGAGGAGAAUGAAGAGUGAGUCUGUUGCCUCGUGGUUGGGAACUGAUCGUGGUGCGGGAUCGAGAAGAGGGAGUGCUGGGACGGUGCUUACUGGUGAUGGGAGAGCGAGGUUGAGAAAUAGGGGGAGUGCUGAGUUACUUGGGUAUGUGUUUACGUCUCUGUCCCACUACUGAACUCGUCAAUUGUCGCUUUCAAUGACAUUCUGGAUUUAUCUUAUCAGCAGGAACUCUGCUAACUUACUUUAAGCCAAACAGCUACUUCAAAAGAGUCCUCAAUCCACCAAUCGCGUCCAGAAUCUAUCACGACCACUUCGAAACCGUAUUCUUUCUAUCCUUCAGUCCCACCAACGACUACAGCUCCUCCCAACGAACCUUUCAUCCACGCCUCUCACCCAUCCUCAACCACAAUCACUUCCAAAGAACCAUCCAUCCACCCAUCAACCUUCUCCAAAGAUCCAACUCCACACAACUCCCGCCCAUCCACAACCGCAACAACCAUCCACCCCCAACCCCCACCACAAGCCAGAACAACCGCCUCCAAAGCCCGCCCAAGAUCUUACCUCCACGCUGCGGGGCUCUCAGACACUAAUGAACUCGUCAGCUCGAGAACAAUACCCAAAAUAACCAACUCCUCCAUCCCUACCGCACCACGGGAACCUCCCAGGAUCUUCAGCAAGCACAAUAACAACGCGUCUACAAACACACUAGGAAAAACCUCGACGAGAACAUUGACCAAGAUCUCCAACUUCAUAACGAUGGAGCCCGAUCAGCCGCCAGCAGCUAGUAUCGAGCUAACGCCUUUAAGCGCCAUCAUCGCACAGUCUCGACGGGACAUUCAAAUCCUAAGGGUCCUGAAUGCGAAGAGUCAAGAAGCCGCGAUGGCAGCCGAGGAAGCGACGCAGGGAGACUCGAAGGGCGAAGGAAACGGGAUCAUAGGUAUGGGACGGAGUUUAUUGAAAACCAUGUCGUCGAUAGGAAAUAUGCGGAAGUCCAACCAAGCCGGAGACGUGAAGAACGCAAGAUCUGGUGUUGUAAGAAAGACACAAAGUACAUCUCAACUCUCGCAAGGAAGGCGGGGUGUAGGGGAAAUGGAGAUGAGAGAGAGAGAGCCGGAGAAGGAAGUGGAUUACGAUAAGAUUGAGAGGAAUCUGGAGAGGUUUGAGGAUCUUUAUGAGGCGUUUUUGAAGUUGGAGAAUACGGGUGGGGAGAAGAAUGAAGGUGUGUUUUUCUUUCAUCCCUAUCCAUUAUCACCUACACCUUCCACUCUACUGAUUCUUAGCACGAAUUGCGAAGUAGAGUUACUAUACUUACUUCCUCGCACAUCACACAUACUAACACCCCCCAGAAGUCCACCUCGUAACCAUCGGCUCCAAACGCGGCGAAGUCGUCCGCGGCGUCCGACAAGCCGGCGGCAUAAAGGGGAACAAAAUUCCAGCCCGGGAGGUGGUACCCGUUGCUCCGCGUGUGAUUACCGAUUGUGGGAUUUGA